AUGAGUAAACAACAAUUAAAUUUAUUAAGGCAAUAUCCUACAUACAAAAAAUUAUAUGCAAUGCAAGAAAAAAUAGACCAAAUGGAAAAUGGUGAAGUUCCUUUCAAUGACAUUUGUUCUAGUGUUGAUUCCUUUUUUGAAAAAGGAGUGAUUAUAAAAAGUAUUAUACAAAUAGAACAUCCAGCAGAGGCAGCUAUGAAAGGAGGUAAAAAUUUAGAUCAUCCUAAACCAAUACUCAAUGACGAUGUUGAUUUGCUUUGGAAUUCAAUGAAAAAAGGAAACGUUUUAGAGCUAGAUGAACAUCAAAGUUCAAAGAAAAAAGACGAAGACAUUUAUAUCAAAAAUGACAACUUUCCACCAAUUGAUAAAGAAAGAGUAAAUGAAGAGAUUACAAAACUAAUAAUCCCUUCAGCAAUUCAUUUUAAUCCUCAUGUCCUUGAAGUUUGUAAUACAUUUAAACAAAAGAUUUUUACAACAAAUGAUUUAGCUGAUGCAGUUCUUUCAGUACUUGGACAUUGA